UACUCGCAAACAAAGAAGAAGAUUGAUUGAUCGAAAAUGGCGUCUCUGUGCUUAUCUCUCCACCAAACCCUAAACCCUUUGGCGGCUCCUAGAGCAAGACCACUCACCCUCUCCUUCCCCGGAUCCACCGUCUCUAUCCGCCCCUCGACAAGACGCGCCGCCACUUUGACAACACGCGCCUCCUACACCCCAACGCCGGCGACGGAGCGCGUGAUCUCAAUCGCGUCGUACGCGCUGCCGUUUUUCAAUUCGCUGCAGUACGGUCGGUUCUUGUUCGCGCAGUACCCGAGGCUGGGAUUGCUCGUGGAGCCGAUAUUCCCGAUACUGAACCUGUACAGGUCGGUGCCGUACGCGAGCUUCGUGGCGUUCUUCGGGCUGUACCUGGGAGUGGUGAGGAACACGAGUUUCAGCAGAUACGUGAGGUUCAACGCGAUGCAGGCGGUGACGCUGGAUGUGUUGCUGGCGGUUCCGGUGUUGCUGACUCGGAUACUGGAUCCGGGUCAAGGAGGUGGGUUUGGGAUGAAGGCGAUGAUGUGGGGACACACGGGAGUGUUUGUGUUCAGCUUCAUGUGUUUUGUCUAUGGUGUCGUUAGCUGCUUGGUCGGAAAAACGCCUUACAUCCCUUUCGUCGCCGAUGCCGCCGGUAGACAGCUAUAAAAACGUCGUCUUUUACUAGUUUUUUUUUUUUUAACUUUGUUUUUAAUGUUGAAAGCUUUCACCUUUCAAACCCAAAAUGUAAUGCUCUCAAGCGCCAAAUGAAGAAGAAAAAAAUGAGAUUAAAUGAGAUGGCUUCAGAGUUCAGAGAUGCUAA